AGUUAAUUUAAAUAUUAAAUUAGUUCCACGACAGAAAUGCGUAAAGCGAAAUUAAUUAAACUAAUAUCUAUAUUUAUAAUAUUAAUUUGCAACUAUGGGCACGGCCUGAGAACAUACAGCAAACAGGAAAUCGAUAAAUUUCGAGAUGAAGUCAAAGAGAUGUUUUACCACGCCUAUGAUAGUUAUUUAAAGUUUGCUUACCCUUAUGAUGAGUUGAGGCCAAUCAGUUGUGAUGGAGUUGAUACUUAUGGAAGCUAUUCAUUGACUCUCAUUGAUGCAUUGGACACUCUAGCAAUAAUGGGCAAUUACACAGAGUUUCAAAGAGUAGUAGAUAUCUUAACAACCAAAGAAAACUUUGAUUCCAAUAUAAAUGUGUCUGUUUUUGAGACAAACAUUAGAAUCAUAGGUGGAUUAUUGAGUGCUCAUUUAUUAUCACACAAAGCUGGUAUAAAAUUAGAGCCUGGAUGGCCAUGUAAUGGUCCCCUGUUGAGGCUUGCUGAAGAUGUUGCCAAAAGACUGAUAAUCGCGUUUGAUACUCCGACUGGAAUGCCCUAUGGAACCGUAAAUCUUCAAAAUGGCGUACCGAAGGCUGAAACAACAGUAACAUGCACCGCUGGUAUUGGUACAUUUAUUGUAGAGUUCGGUACGUUGAGCCGGCUGACUGGUGAUCCAAUCUAUGAGGAAGUAGCGAUGAAUGCAUUGUAUUCGCUUUUCAAUCAUCGAUCUUAUAUCGGUCUUUUUGGCAAUCACAUUGACAUCGCAACUGGGCGCUGGACAGCACAUGAUUCUGGAAUUGGAAGCGGCGUUGACUCGUAUUUUGAAUAUUUAGUCAAAGGAUCGAUCUUAUUACAAAAACCUGAAUUGCUUGAAAUGUUUCAUAUUGCUCGUAAAGGUAUUGAAAAGUAUUUAAAGAGGGAUGAUUGGUAUCUCUGGGUGUCUAUGACUAAGGGACAAGUAACUAUUCCGGUUUUUCAAUCAUUGGAAGCUUACUGGCCUGGUGUACUAAGUCUUCUAGGUGAAACAUCAAACGCAAUGAAAACAUUGCAUAACUAUCAUCAAGUGUGGUCUCAAUAUGGUUUUACACCGGAGAUUUAUAAUAUUCCUCAAAUGGAAGCCGGUACGAAUCGGGAAACGUAUCCUCUAAGACCGGAGCUUAUCGAGUCGAUAAUGUAUCUAUAUCGGGCUACUGGUGAUCCAUUUUUAAUUCAAGCUGGUGUCGAUAUCCUGAAAAGUAUUCAACACAGUGCGAAAACACCUUGCGGUUAUGCAACAAUUAAAGAUGUGCGUGAUCAUAGAAAAGAAGAUCGUAUGGAAUCGUUUUUCCUCGCAGAAACAACGAAAUAUCUUUAUCUUCUUUUUGACACUGAUAAUUUUAUCCAUAAUUCUGGCCAGCACGGAACAACUAUUGAAACACCAAAUGGCAAGUGUGUAAUUGAUGCUGGUGGUUAUAUAUUUAACACCGAAGCGCAUCCCAUUGAUCCUGCAGCUUUACAUUGCUGCCAUACAAUGCCAAAGUUACAGCUCCAUGAUUUAGAUGCUUUGCUUUCAAAUAAAGAUACUUUCCGAGGAGUGAAAGUUAAAAAGUUAAAGAAUGAGGCGCCGAUUGUAGAAGAGCCUGUGACUGAAAUAAGUGAUAUGGAUGAAAUAACCACGGAGUCGUCAAAGAGUUACCAAAUGGAUGAUGAGGCAUUCAAUGUUACAGUUGAUUCCGAAGAGGAGCCAGCAAUUUUGGUCCAAGCACCGAAAGACGACUCUGAUAAGAGUAUCUUACCGGAUUUUAUGGAGCAACCGUUGCCAAUAGAGAAGAAGUAUAAUCUGCAAGAACUCUUGAUGAAAAUUCGCAGUCGUGCGAAGCAACCGACGAAUAUCACCUGGGAGGAGAAUUAUUCCUUGUUGACGUGCCGCCCGCAACCGUUCCUUCAAAAGAUGUCGAUUUAUGGUGAAUUUUUCAAUGAGGUGACGUCAUAACAACACCAUCGGAAGAUAACGUUCUUGCAAAUAGAGGCUACAAACUCGUGAGAAAGUUGGGCGAAGGCAGCUAUGCGAAGGUUUACUUAACCGAAUACACGAAUGCGAAAGAACCGGAAAAGUC